UACAAAUAUGACAUAUUACACAUCAUGUUUACAUCUGACGAGCAUAUGUCAGAUGUAAAAGGCUAUAUGGAGUAGCCUUUUCAUCUGGCUUCAAUAUCCACAGAUGUGAAAAAUAAAUAGAAAAGACUUUUUACAUCUGACUUCAAUGUACCAGAAGCAUAACUAAACGCGGUGGCAAUACUGUAAUUAUCUCGAAAAUUGUCUAAAAUAAAUAUAUAUCUGGGCAAAUAUAUCCUCAGAUGUAACAAGUCAGGUUGAGUAAAUAAAAAAAAAAAAAAAAUUGGAACCAAAUAAUUGAUUCAAGUGCAAAACACUCUCAGACGCGUACCUACACUCAAAUAUAACACUCUCUCUCUCGAUGUCAAGAACAAAACCGAAGAACAAACCCAAACCCUCGAUUCGUCUCGAUUCCUCUCUCGAUUCGACAAUCUCUCACUCUCACUGUCACUCGUCCUCUCUCACUCAUUCUCUCGAUCUCGAUUUCGUCCUCUCUCUCACAGUGGUUCUCUCGAUCUGGAUCUCGAACCCUAAGCCCCAAAUCGAAGCUCAGUGAAACAAAUUGAAGCUUCUCUCAGAUUGUUAUCGUUCCUCUCCCUACAACUGAAAACACAAACAGAUGGUUCCAAGGAAUUUUGUUGAGAGAUAUUGGAAAGAUGUAUCAAAUCCAAUUUCCCUUAGACUUCCAAAUGAGUCUGUUUGUAAAAUGUUUUGGGUGCAAUUUGGUGACGAGAUUUGGCUUCAGGAUUGGAAAAGGUUUGCACGGUCGCUUAGAUGCGGAGAUCUUAAAGUUUUUCAAUACAAAGGAGGAUCAGAUUUUCAUGUCAUUAUACUUGAUGAUAGUAAACUAGAAAUUGACUAUUCAAGUAUGAUUUGCAACGAUAAACAAGAAGCUAAAGAGAGUGAUGAUGAUGGCUAUGUUGAGAUUACAAAUGAGGCUGAUAAUACCAAACAAUCCCUCAAGAAAAAGAAAAUCAACUCAAAUGAUAGUGAUACCACUACUGCUACAACUCAAGUGACAAACAUUGUCAAUAGAAAAAUUAAUACAAAGGCAACCCAGCAAAAAGUCUUAGAGGCUAAUGGAACCAGAGGAGGCAGCGGUAAGAAAGCUAAGAAAUGCUCAAAAACUGUAGAUGCAAAUAAGAGAAGCUGCACUGAUGCUCUUGGAUUUUUAAACCUUGUUGAAGGAGAAAAACAAAUUCAAACCUGGAUGUUUUCAAGAAGGAGAAAGACAAAUUCAAACCUGGAUCUAAGGUAGAAGAAAAUUA